CCGGGGCGCUUGAGCGGCCGCUGCGGGCGCGGGCUGCGGGGCUGGCGCGGGGCCGGCCGCGCUGCGGGCCAUGGCGCGCCUGGGCGCCGUGCGCUCCCACUACUGCGCGCUGCUGCUGGCCGCCGCGCUGGCCGUGUGCGCCUUCUACUACCUGGGCUCGGGCCGCGAGACCUUCUCCAGCGCCACCAAGCGGCUCAAGGAGGCCCGCGCGGGGGUCCCCGCCGCGCCCUCGUCGCCCGCGCCCGGCCCCGGCGCCAAGGCCAAGAGCCUGGAGGGCGGCGGCGGCGCGGGCCCCGUGGACUAUCACCUGCUGAUGAUGUUCACCAAGGCCGAGCACAACGCCGCGCUGCAGGCCAAGGCCCGCGUGGCGCUGCGCUCCCUGCUGCGCCUCGCCAAGUUCGAGGCGCACGAGGUGCUCAACCUGCACUUCGUGAGCGAGGAGGCCAGCCGCGAGGUGGCCAAGGGGCUGCUGCGGGAGCUGCUGCCGCCCGCCGCCGGCUUCAAGUGCAAGGUGCUGUUCCACGACGUGGCGGUGCUGACGGACAAGCUCUUCCCGGUGGUGGAGGCCAUGCAGAAGCACUUCAGCGCCGGCUCCGGGACCUACUACAGCGACUCCAUCUUCUUCCUCUCGGUGGCCAUGCACCAGAUCAUGCCCAAAGAGAUCCUACGGAUCAUUCAGCUGGACCUUGACCUCCAGUACAAGACCAACAUCCGGGAAUUGUUUGAGGAGUUUGACAACUUCCUGCCAGGUGCGGUCAUCGGCAUAGCAAGGGAGAUGCAGCCCGUGUACAGGCACACGUUCUGGCAGUUCCGCCAGGAGAACCCCAAGACCCAGGUCGGGGGUCCCCCGCCCGACGGGCUCCCUGGCUUCAACAGCGGGGUGAUGCUGCUGAACCUGGAGGCCAUGCGCCAGUCCUCGCUCUACGGCCACCUGCUGGAGCCCGGGCAGGUGCAGCGACUGGCCGACAAGUACCACUUCCGCGGCCACCUCGGGGACCAGGACUUCUUCACCAUGAUCGGCAUGGAGCACCCGGAGCUCUUCCACGUGCUCGACUGCACCUGGAACCGGCAGCUGUGCACCUGGUGGAGGGACCACGGCUACAGCGACGUCUUCGACGCCUACUUCCGGUGCGAGGGCCACGUCAAGAUCUACCACGGGAACUGCAACACCCCCAUCCCCGAGGCCUAGGGCCGUGCCUGGCCCCAGAGCCUGAGGGUGGGGGGUAGGGGAGGGGAAGAGACCUCUGAAACCGGCCCCACGGUGAACCCCAAAAGAGCCACUGUGGGGAGCGUCUGGGUGCUACAACUUUCCAACCCUGGGGUUCUGCGUUCUCAGUUUUUGGUGGUGGCCAGCAGCGCUGUCCUUAUGGGCAGCAUGACAGACAGACAGACAGACAGACAGGGAGACAGGGAGACAGGAAAUCUCCAGGUGCCUGGGGCCAAGCAUUGGCAAAGAAGAAAAGACAGGCAGCCCACCCCCUCGUUUUCAGUUCCCAAAGAAUCUCUUAAAGAAUCUCUUUAAGACUCUGCCGUCUGGGGACCAAAUAGAAGUUGGUUUCCAGUGGGAAGCCUUCCAUUGGGAACAGUGGGGCCGCUGAAGCUCCUAGAAGGCUCUGGACAAGAGAGCCAGGGCUGAGCCUGAGCCUCCAGCCCGCGGGGAAGGGAGGCACACGCUCGUCCCCGGAAGCUCCUGCUGGUAGAGGAGGGGAGACAGCGUCUCUCUCGAGAGGUCUCGCUACGGGCCCCUCUCAGUGUUCUCUGCCCACAACUGCAUUCCAGACCCUCAGUGCCCCGGCUUCAUCCAGGACAGCUCUGCAUUGACCAGUCUGUGCCCAGAAACCAAAUCAAAUCAAAUCUGCCAUUCUAGAGCACAGAGUUAGCAGACAGGCACCGGAGUGGUCCACCCUGCAGCCCCCCCACCCCCAGGUAGCUAGCUGGGAAGGGGGGUGCUACCCUCAGCUCAUCAGCUUUUUCAUCUCUGAAAAACUAGCCUGGUGACUUUCUUGUUGCAUCAUGGAGAAAUUAGGGUGUCAUUUCUUGAUUUGUUCCUUUAAAGAAUUGUCCAGUGUGUGUGGUGGUGGGGUGGGGGUGGGGGAGGGUUGUUGGGAAGGUAGGACAGGGGUUAGACACAUGCCUUGCCUUCACUCGGCCCUGGAUUCUAUCUCUAAUGCCUCCAAGCCUCUUGAGCCUCACUGGGCCUGGCCCGGAGCCCCCCGAGCAUUGCCGGGGUAGCCGUGCUGGUCUCAGUGCAGCAUGGCCCCAGCCAGGCUGAAUUCUCAGGGCCUAGCACAGCGAUGGGCGUGGCUGGCUGAGUAUUGCUGGGAGUGCCCCCCCUCCCCAGAGAGCUGCUUGAGGGGGCUCCAUCCCACCCCCCCCACUCCAGAAGGAGGUGUAAUGUGAGUCACCUGCAAACAGGAAGCUGCUAGGGGUCCAUCCUGUGUCGUCCAGGGAGCUCCUUCGGGAAGCCAUGUUGCUAGGUUCUCUGCUUAUUUCCAUUUUAAAAAUGAUUUUCGCCAUGAACGAGAGUAGCUAAUAAAUCAUUUAGAGAACACGAUCUAGGCUGUGCUCUGAGCACAGUGCCCUGCCACGGGAAGCUCUCUGGAUCGGGAGGGGAGUACAGCUACAACACGGCUCUGUGCCGGGGGGUGGGGGGGCGUGCAGUGCUGAGGGCUUGUGUGAGAAGGUCACAAGGGACAACGAGGGACAGCCAGGCGUCCCGAUUCCAAGUGAGGACCUGUUUCAUUCUGCACAUUGCAGGCCCACCCACCCCUGAGAGCAAAAAGCACCCCUCCCCUCUCGUCCUCCGUCCCGUGGCCUGUUCCGUAUCAUCAGCCCCAGUGGGCUGGGGUCACUGCUGUCCACACUCUGGCCCCCAUACAACUGGCCUCUUCGCUUAGGUGCUUGAUUUCCUGGUUGGAGCUACCGAUUAUUCAAUGUUGUGUGCCAAGCACUGUCUCCCGGCAUUUAUAUAUACUAUCAGUCAUAUUCAUGAAGGCCUCAUGAAGGUAACUCAUAUUCUCAAAUUUAUUCCAAGUAAAAAAUUGAGGACUGUAAACAGAGUCAUUGUUUAUCAGCAUUUUUUUAAUAGAAAAGAGUUGAAAGCGGUUUUGAAUGGGAAGUAGAUAAAUAAUGGAUGUUGCAUACAUAGAAGGGAAUACUUUAGACAUUAAAAACCAUAUUUUUGAAAAAUAUUUAAUGCUUUGGGAAAUGCUUCAAUGUAUGAUGAGGUACAAAUGCAAAUAAAUGAUGUAUAGGGUCAUUCUGUUUUUUUAAUUAUUUUUUUUAAUGUGUGUAUGUGGAUAUAUUAAAAAUGCUAUUCUUCUAUAGUCAUUCAGUUCCUUUAAAAAGCUAUGCAUUUCAAUACAAAUACAUUUAAGUAAUAAUGAUUUCAAUGGGGAAAAAUAGUGGGUAACUGUCACUGUCAUCCCGUUGCUCAUCGAUUUGCUCAAGCGGGCACCAGUAACAUCUCCAUUGUGAGUCUUGUUGUUAAUGUUUUUGUCAUAUUGAAUACGCCAUGGGUAGCUUGCCAGGCUCUGCCAUGCGGGCAAGAUACUCUCGGUAACAUGCUAGAGAAUUUUAGGCACACAACCUAAAUAGUUUUGCAUUUUAUUUUUUCCAUUUUAUAUAAAUAUGUAUAUAUGUACACACAUAUCAUGGAUAUAUAUAUAUACAUAUGCAUUACAUAUAUACAUAAUGGCAUUAAUGUCAAUAAUUGAAGAUUCUCUAGUCAUAAGUUUAUUUUGUUAUUCUAAGGACAGAAUUAUAAACUGGUUGAUUGAAAUGGACAAAAGCCAAGCAAAAUUUCUUCACAGUCAUUAAAAAAAAUUUUGAUUUUGGGAACCAUUAA